GCCGAAUUUUGUCCACAGCAGGCGUGCCUGCACAAUGGUUGCGCCUAUGACGUCGGAUCAGCGGCAGCGCCAAGUCGAGUCCCACAAGAUCAAGCUGUUGACUGUUCUGAAUGCCCAGGCGGCGAGGCCAGCUCGACUGAAGCGACACGUCGACCCAGAGAGGGAUUGGUAUGCCAUUGCGAAAAGAGUCAAGUUGCAGCAGGCAGCUCGCCACGAAGAGUCUGGAUCCAGCGGAAAGGCUACUGCAGUGCUGGAGCUACCCCUAGACAAGGAAGAUAAAGUGGCAGAGAGCGAGCAGGAUGCGUUCAGCAGUCAUUUUGCGCCUGAAUCUGCACUCCUCUCCGCGCUGGAGCACAACGACGAAGCUUGGCGUUCUAGCUCUGCUGAUCACGCGGUCGUGGGACGUCUGACAACGUGUCUCCCGUCUGGCAGCAAGGGUCUGCCGAGCGACAAGUCGACCAUCAACCCGACUCUGCUCGACAAACUCAAGACGUAUGGCCAAGCGCGAUACGGCUCGCAAACUCCCGCGACUGCAAAGUGGUUGUCGGAGACGCUGGCAAGCUAUCUCGAUGUCUCCUACACGACUGUAGAUCUGGAUGAGCGAGACGCGUUGCGGGCUGCUGCUGCGAUGCACGCAAUGAAUCAUAUCUACAAAACCCGGUCAAAGGUCCUGAAGAACAACGAAUAUCUGGCCAAGAAGGAAGAGACGCUGAAAGGCAAGGAGAGAGAGACGCGCGAUCAGGGAUUCACCAGACCCAAAGUGCUCGUGCUCCUGCCGCUGCGCAACGCUGCUCUCGCCUGGGUCAAGCUUCUCACCCAGCUCUCAUUGGCAGCUCAGGUCGACAAUGCUGCGCGACUCGACAAAGACUUUGGUCUGCCAGAGGACGCGAUAGAUAGACUUGCCGAAGAGGGUACGGCGAGAUACCCGGCCGACCAUGUCGAGACGUUCAAGGGGAACAUUGAUGACGAGUUCCGCAUGGGCAUCAAGGUCACCCGCAAAGCUAUCCGCUACUUCUCAGAGUUUUACUCGUCCGAUAUCAUCGUGGCAAGUCCACUCGGUCUGCGCACAGCGAUCGAAAAGGAGGACGAUGCCGACUUCUUGUCUUCCAUUGAGAUCGUGCUGGCGGAUCAGCUCGAUGUCAUGUCGAUGCAAAAUUGGGAGCACGUGCAGUUCGUCUUCAAGCAUCUCAAUCAGAUUCCAAAGGAGUCCCAUGGAUGCGAUUUCGCCCGCGUCAAGCCGUGGUAUCUUGACGGCAAAGCCGCACAGCUGCGACAGACAGUUCUGCUCUCUUCGCUCGAUUUGCCAGAGCAUAGAUCGCUCUUCGGUACUGCGCUCACCAAUCGAGCUGGCAAGCUACGUACUGAGCGCGCACACGAAGGCACGAUCAAGCUGGUAACAUCGGGCAUCAAGCAAGUCUUUGAUCGCUUCGAGGUUUCCGACAUGCUCAAGGAGGACGACGAGCGUUUCCAAGUCUUUACUCAGCGUACUUUGCCUAUGCUCACGAGAUCGGCCGUCGCCUCCUCCAACACGCUCAUCUUUGUGCCGUCUUACUUUGACUUUAUUCGCGUGAAACAGCACCUUCGAAAGUCGCUCAAGGAGGAACUCUCUUUCGCCGCAAUUUCAGAGUAUUCGACGAAUAGCGAAGUUGCCCGGGCAAGAACGCUCUUCUUCCAAGGCAAAGUCAACUUUCUGCUACUUACUGAACGCUUCCAUUUCUUCAAGAGGUACCGCAUUCGAGGAGCAAAGACAAUCUGCUUCUAUGCUCUGCCAGAUCAUCCGCAGUUCUAUUCGGAGUAUCUGAGCUAUCCCUUUCACCAGCGAGAGGAUCAGCAGAAUAGCUCACUCGACCCCUCCGAAGUGACGGCCUUCGUCUCGUUCAGCAGGUUCGACUAUUUGCGUCUCGAGCGCAUCGUCGGUACAGAAGACGCGCGGCGAAUGGUCAUGGCAGACGAUACCGAGCGCUUUACCUUUAUGUGAUCUCAUGACCUUUGAUGUUGUACGCAACUAGUGACACGUAGCGAUUUGCCCGA